AUGAGCCUCUUCCAGCCGUUGCCACGUGGCGGCGCGCAGCUCCUCCACGUCAGCAGCGCGCGCCUCGUCCUCGAGGAAGUGGCGCUGGCAGUCGUCGUAGAGCUGCUGGUCCAUCUCCAGAAACAUCUUGCGCACGUUGAUGGUCAGCCCGUUCACCGCCUGCCAUGCACCAUGAUGACGGAUGGGGGUGGGCACGUGGAGACAGUAGGGGAUGGGGAGUGGUUUCACCUCCCUCAUCUCUAUCUCUCCUCCUGGUCCUCUCUCCUCUCUCCUUUCCAACCUCUCUCUUGCAUUUUCGUCUUUCCUUCCUCCUCUCUGUCCUCUCCACUCUCUCUUCUCUCUCCCUCACUCCUUUCCUUCCUCCCCCUCCUCUCUUCUCUCUCUUCUUUCCCCAAUCCUCUCCUCUCUCUUGUCCCUCCCUCCUCUGUCCUCUCUCCCCUCUUUUCUCUCCACUCUCUCUCCCGCUUCUGCUCGUUGUUUUACUCACUUCUCUUUUCCCUCUCCCCUCUCCUCUCUCCUCUCCCUCCCCUCUCUCCCCUCUCUCCCUUCGCUCUUUCCUUCCUACCUCGCCUCGCUCCUUUCUCACCUGACAUAUUUCUCGUUUCCCUCUUCUCACCCCUCUCUCCUCUGUCUCGCUUCUCUUCCCGCUGUCUCCUCAUUAACAUUGAAACUCUCCACCGUUUCUUGAUUCAUCCCACCUCCUCAUUUCUGCUAUCACCUCCCUCACCCCCCACCCCCCCUGCUCCCUUUCCCCCUCCCUCCGUUCCAAUCUCCCUCCCUUCCUUCUCCCCUCCUUUUCUCCCUCUCCCCCCUCCGUCCCUUUCUCACUCCCCUAUUCUCCCAGUUCCUCCCUUCCUCUGCCCCUCCCUUCUCCUCUCACUCCUUUCACUUCUCUCCGUCUUUCCUACUCUCCCCCUCUUCCUCCUUUCCCCCUUCCCUCUUUCCGUCCCUCCUCUCCUAGCCAAAAUCUCGCUCUCUCUCUCCUCUCCCGCGUCCUCUCCCUGUCCCCCACGCCCCUCUCCCUCUCUGUCCGCGUUCUCUACUGUUCGCCUCUCUCCUGCAUCGUUCCGUCUUCAGCACCCUUCCUGCCCUACCCCUCCACGUCCUCGUGGCCCCGCCACCGUGUCCACCCUUUUCCUCCAUCCCGCCACCGUGUCCACCCUCUUCCUCCAUCCCUCCACCGUGUCCACCCUCUUCCUCCAUCCCUCCACCGUGUCCACCCUCUUCCUCCAUCCCGCCACCGUGUCCACCCUCUUCCUCCAUCGCUCCCUUACUCGCCCCUCCCUCCUCCACCUCCCCUUGUGCCCUUCAUAG